AUGCGCAGUCCCGACACCGAGUCGCAUGGGAAUCAGGCACCCCGUGAUGCCCAAGCCGAGGAUGAUGCGCACUCACUUGCUGAUAUGGGACACUCUCAGACCCUCAGUCGCAAGUUUGGCAGCUUGAGCUUGUUCUUCCUCUCCUUCAUCGUUCUCGGAACAUGGAGCACAGCAGGGCAAUCUCUGAGCAGUGCGCUCGGCAGUGGUGGCCCAGCACUCAUUCUGUGGGGCCUCGUGCUGGUGACCAUAUGCAAUGUUUGUGUCGCCGUCUCCAUUGCCGAACUCUGCAGCAGUAUGCCGACAGCAUUGGGACAAGCAUAUUGGGUUUCGCGCCUGUGGCCAGGUCAAUGGGGACGGUUCGCAUCCUACAUGUGUGCAUGGAUUAACACGUUUGGAUGGUGGACGUUAUCAGCCUCGCAGUUGGCCUUUAUGACCUCAUUCCUUUUGAGCAUGAAGGUCAAUUACGACCCAGAGUGGUCAGGUGCUAGUCUAGGCUGGGUCCAGUUCUUGCUCUACUUCGCCAUGUCCAUGGUCGGCACCCUAGCAAACAUUGGCGCCGGGCGCCGCGACGCGAUCCUCCCGUUCAUCAACAACUUUGUGGGAGUUUGGUUCGUCGUGCUAUUUUUCGUCUUUUCCCUUGCCUUGGUCAUUGCUGUCGGCACCAAAUCAGAUCAGCUGUCGUUCCAGCCUGCUUCAUUCGUCUUUACCGCGUGGAUCAACCAAGAUGGCUGGAGCGACGGGGUAGCCUUCUUCCUUGGCCUGGUACAAGCAGCCUUCAGCUUGACGGCGUUUGACGCGGCGGUGCACAUGGUCGAAGAGAUCCCGGCACCGCGCAAGAACGUGCCCCGUAUUCUGUGGUCCAGUGUGACUUUGGGAGGCGUCACUGGGUUCUUCUUCAUGGUGGUCUGCAUGUACUGCAUCCAGGAUUUUGAUACAGUCCUCAACGGGCCCACCGGUAUCCCUUUUGUUGAUUUGCUGGUGCAAACCGUUGGGCUGCAAGGCGCGACGGCGCUCCUGUCACUCUUUAUCUUCAACGGCAUUGGCAUGGCUUUCAGCAUCAUCACCAGCUCCUCACGCCUCACUUGGGGUCUGGCGCGUGAUGGAGGUCUGCCGUGGGACGAGUACUUUGGCCAUGUGGACAAGACAUGGCAGGUGCCGGUGCGCGCCCUCUGGCUGCAGGGUAUUCUUACCGGGCUGGUUGGGCUUCUGUACACAUUCGCCAGCACCGUGCUUCAGGCCAUCCUCAGCGUCACCACAAUCGCGCUGACAAUCUCGUACGCUAUCCCGAUUGUGGUCCUGCUCGUCGUCGGGCGGGACAAGCUGCCGCCAGGCGGUGAAUUCCCACUUGGGAGGUUUGGGCCGGUCAUCAAUGUUGUUUCGGUGAUCUACUGCUGCGUCACGACCGUCUUCUUUUUCUUUCCCGCCAGUCCGGACCCGACGGGAGAGAACAUGAACUACGCCAUCGCGGUUUUUGGGGUCAUGAUGGUGAUUUCGCUCGUAUUAUGGGUGGUUGAGGGCAGGCACAAGUAUCUGCGUACGGGACACGCGGAGGAGCGGAUGGAGCAAGCCCGGAGGCUCGAGGUGGAGGUUCUCCAGGGGAUUGGAAAGAAUGAGGGUGAGAAGGCCAACGGCGAUGACGGCAAGGAUGGCAAGGAAAGGGGGGCCGUGUCGAAGUAG